GGGGAAGAGCGCUGGAAAAAUAGCAACGGCUGAUCAGCACAGCUUGGGAAGGAGGACAGGCUGGAGCAAAAGAGAGUCGCUGUGCUGGGGAAGGGGCGACGUUUGAUUGCGGAGAAGGUUCUCUACAAACCAGAAGAGACGGCAGUGAGCCAUGGAGGACUGUGGCAGCCUCAUAGAGUUUGAUGUACCGGAGUUCAGCAACACUGUCCUGAACCAGCUCAAUGAGCUCCGUCUUCAGGGCAAGCUGUGUGACAUCAUUGUGCAUAUUCAGGGCCAGCCAUUCCGGGCCCAUAAGGCCGUUUUGGCCGCCAGUUCACCAUACUUCCGUGAUCAUUCAGCACUAGGCACAAUGAGUGGUCUCUCCAUCUCUGUAAUCAAGAGCCCUGAGGUUUUUGAGCAGCUGCUGGCCUUCUGCUACACUGGCCACAUGGCGUUGCGCCUGCGUGACGUCAUCAGCUUUCUUACGGCUGCCAGCUUCCUCCAGAUGCAAGCUGUGAUUGACAAAUGCACACAGAUUCUUGAGGGUAUUCACUCCAAGGUCAGCCUCCCUAUGCCUGUUGAAACGGAUACAGAUGAUGAUUGCACCACCUCAAGGGCUGGAUGCAAUGGUGUGAAAGAUGGAGGUAUUUUUGUAAACCCCACCCAGAUUUCGCCACCCUACUGUUUGCGUCAGAAUCAUUGUACAGAAGUGCGGAGUUCAGGAAAACAGGCCGCACAGCUUGCAGAGGAGGGACACUCAGACCGAGGGAGCAGUGACAGUGUAUCUGAGCAGGAGGCAUCCAUGGAGGUUGAGCCAGAACAGGUGGAGUUGAUCGGUAAAGAUGGGCAGAUAACUGAUGUCCAUAUCAAGCUCGAGAAAACAGACCGGCCUAGCUACUCUGACAGUUCGUCGGCAGGAGAUGAUGGCUACCACACUGAGCUGGUGGAUGGCGAACAGGUGCUAGCUGUUAGUGUGGGAUCGUACGGGCCUGUGCUGUCCUCUGCCCGAUACACCUACUCAGCACUGCCUUCCCCCUGUUUUGUCAGCCUGAGUUCCUCAAGCCAUUCACGCUCUUUGCUCAGCAGCUUCCAUGGUGGUCGUGCCCGUAGCAAACGUCCUCUGCCUCUACCAGCUGAUCUGCUAACUCAGCUUAAGCCUGGUGCCGAAGAAGGAGAUGGACCUGCAACAGCUACUGGAUAUGAGAAUGACGUAAAGGAGGGAAAUCUCCGUGGCCAGUGGUACCCCUACAAUGAACGCCUCAUCUGCAUCUACUGUGGCAAGUCCUUCAAUCAAAAGGGCAGCCUGGACCGUCACAUGCGUCUGCAUAUGGGCAUCACGCCUUUCGUCUGCAAGUUCUGUGGCAAGAAGUACACCCGCAAAGACCAGCUAGAGUAUCACAUCCGUGGCCACACAGACAACAAACCCUUCCACUGCCAGAUUUGCGGCAAAUGUUUUCCCUUCCAAGGCACACUCAACCAGCACUUGCGCAAGAAGCACAUGACCUCUGCAACAGAAGUUAACAAUCACGCGGACUUGUUGGGAGAGGCAUCUGAUGGCCAGAGGGGGGAGCAAGAGGAUAUCACUGAGGGCGAAGCAGCCUAUGGAGCAGCACAUGCUGAUGAUAUGUUGACAAAAAACAACAUUGAAGAGAGUGGCAAGUGUAGUCCACAGGAAGCGCCUGAAUCAAAGAGUGGUUAUUGAGAAAUACGUUUUCAUUUAUUUUGUUGUUUGUCCUCCUUAUGUAAUAAGGAAGCUUAAAGGGUUACUCUUUUACUUGUUCAGCCCAACUGUUUUUAAAGAAUAACAUGAAAUAGUGUUCCUGCCUUGUGCAUUUUCUACUUGUCAAUUUUUGUGGAAAUUUAAACUGGACUAAGAUUGAGGGUGUUUGUAAGGAAGCAAGAGUCCUAUAAUCUGGGAAAUAUAUAAUCGGGGAGGAGGUCUCUGUAAUCAAAGCCUCCUAAAAGUUUUAUCACAUUUUUAUAUAUCUAUAUACUGUAUAUUUCCAUGUUUUUCAACAUAUUUACAAAGUAAUAUAGGCAUGUGGCAAUAAUGACUAAUGUGAAAGCUCAGAUGCUUGUCAUAUCAUGCUUUAACCUGACCUGUUUUUGCACAUGUGGCCUGUAGUAGGUCACUCACUCACAAGGAAUGGUUUAUCUGCCAGUGCAAGACUCUUUGUGAUGCAUACGUUCAGUACCUCAUACAACCUCGACAUACCCAUAAUGGACAGUAUUUUUAGCUUCUUGUUAUCUCCAGCUAGGUUUUACCUCAUAGCAAAGAACCUGAAAGGAGAGAAAGAAGCUUCACUCACUAAAGGCACAUUUGUUUUGUUUUUAUAGGGUUUAAAUGGUUGCAGUGCCAGAACCUCUACAACAACAAAACAUCUUCACUCUACCAAGCCUUGAUACUUCAGUAAAAUAUUCCUUGGUGAUUGUAUGAAUUCUGGAUUGAUCUAGUUCAGUUUUCGUCAUCAGCCAUGUUAUGUAUGUAUGGUGCGAAAGUGCUAGUAUAAUGUGUCCCUGUGGUGUAUCUCAGGAUCAUGGAUCCAUUCAUUUUUUUAUUAUGAUGCCAUAUACUUUUGUUCUGUUAUUAUGCACUCCUUUCAUAGCAUUAUAUAUACAUUUGAUUUCAGGUCGAAUGUCAACUUUUAAAAUAGAGACUGACAGUGUAGUUUCUGAUCGGUGCUAGAGCAGCACAGUAAACCAUAUUAAUCAGUUGACGAAUGUUAACUGUUGGGCUUUCCUGUUUUUGGUUUUGUGCAAAUUGUCUUUUGAUGUCUUUUCAAAAUGCUUUGACUUCACAAAUAGCAAACUUUGAAAUUUGUGGUUUGAGUUUUCCCAGAUGCUGAUGAGGAGGGUGUGCCUUGAAAAUUAAACCUUAAAGUUAUGUAUAAAUAUAUUAGCAGAUACAUUUCUGAUAGUGUUGCAGGAGUUACUAGUUAUAGGAAUUACCUUAGGGCCAUACUGCUUUAUGAAGAAGGGAAAACAUUUCUUUGUGAAUAUUUAUAGCAUUGGUGUUCUCAGUCGGUCGGUGGUUUAAAUUUCAAACAGCUUUUCUUGUGUUUUACUUCAUCUUUAAAAUAAGCUUUGUGUGGUAUGGACAUCUAUAAUAAGAAUUUCUCCUCAGCUUCUUGCACUUAAUGCAUCUGUUAACCAAAACAGACCAGAAUGUGCAUUGUUUUGAUAAAGAAAUUAAUCAUUGAGAAUGAUUGACUUACUCUUGUUAGGUUUUUGCAAAGAGUGUUUAAUAUUAUGGUAUAGUAUGUGCUGUAGGUAGAGACUUUUCUUAAGUCUAGGUUUCCAUACUACAAUAGAACAGUAAUAAGUUAAACCUGCAGUGUCAGUUCCACUAUUGUGGACACUUUUAUACAUUUAGUACUAUGAAGAAAGAACCUUGUAUGCAUAUUAUUACCAGAAUAUCGGUUCUUAUCCAUUUUCACUGUUGUGUAACUGGUGCAAAACGUCAUACCUCACAUUUGUUUUUGCUUUCUUUUGACAGUUUUUUGAGCUGUAUUUUCUUUUCUCCACACCCUCACAAUGUAUUAUUUGAGUCUUUCUAACAGAUCACAAGUUAUCUCAGAGAUGCACAUAUUGGGUUUUUCCAAGCUAGCAAAACAUUUGGCUUGUGCUUUACGAGCAGUUGCCUUCCUAGCUCUCUGCAGUAUUUGAUUUAUAGUCCAUAAUGCUCAGAUGGAUUUAAACAUGCCCAGUUCUUACUAGAUUCAAGUGCUUUCAAGCUGAUUUGACAUGCCAUUUAAAUAUUUACCUGACCACACCCUCCAUAAUUGAUUUAACCAUCAUUCCCCUUUUGUUAAAGAGAUUAUGCAGAUUAUCCCAUCAAGACUACUCCUUAAUUCUUCAAACCGCGUCCAGUAUCAUGCCUUGUUUCUGAAAAUUUUUUUUGCUGUAAAAUACAUACUGAUUUAGGCUAUGGUGCUCGUUUGUUUGUCAUUUAAUGGGUUUAUUGCAGUGCAAUCACUUGAGUAAUGUUAACUUUUCCCAUACAAUUUUGUUUCAGCUCAAGUGCAAAUUAUUUUCAGUGAUUCAUAUUUAAAUGUGAAGUGUGUAAUUUCUGUGCAACUAGUGUCACCAAACAGAAUUGCAAAAUGAAUGACCAUUAGUUGGACAAAGAGAUAGUCCCACCCCCCCAAACUCCAAUUUCUCUGUUCUAGGCUGUUUGGGAUGUAGUACUCAGACAAACAAUUUUUUCUAUUUUGGGGGAAUCAAUCAACCUUUAAAUGGCUUAUAGUUGUCACUACAUGUUAAGCUGGGGAAGGAGAAUGUAUAUUAACACUGAACAAAUUUAACAUAUCACUUUUAACUUCAGCACUUAAAGUAGAACAGAAGGGAGCUUCGUCCCUCUUUUCUCCUCCUUUAAAAUCAAGCUUUUUUUCAUUUUUAUUUGUUUGCCUUUUCAGUUUACUCUUAUUUCAUAUUUUAGAGUAUGGAACAACAUUUGUGCCAUUGAAAUGCAUUUGAAAAGAUUUAUUACUGGCAGUUAUACAAGAAUGAGCCUAAUACUUAUUUUUAUUUUACCGUAUCUGAGCUUUGAACAGAUAAUAAUGCAUGACAGUUUCAAACAAUGAGCCAAACAUUGUUACUGUUUGCAUUACAGCUAACAAGAGCCAAAAUGUUGAAUGUAAAACACUUUAGGUCUGUCCGUGUACUACUGAUAAAGCUCAUUGCAAUUAUUGCUCUGUAAAAUGAGAUGCCAUAUCUGUCAUUGUAACAUUGUAAACCUGAUGGCUUCUUUCCCAGAAUAUGUUUAGAUUUGCUCUGUUCCUUUAUCGUAAUGAACCAGCUUUUCCAUGUUGUGAACAUCACCUUGGCCACCAGUGUUGGGUGUAAUGCAUUACCAAGUAAUUCAUUUCUGUAAUUAAAGUAAGGGAUUACUCUUAAAUUUUUAGUAAUUUAAUUACAGUUACUUCUGAUGUAAAUGUGUUAAAUACUGUAUAGACUAUAGAGCAAUUCUAUAUAAAACAAUUUAAAAUCUAAAUUUAACGUCUAAUUUUAAAAUGUUAUACUUUUAUAUUUAAUGCAUCCCCCCUCAAAUUUGGCCAUGAAUAAUUUAUUUGAUUUAAUAUAUGAUUUAUUUGAAAGAACAGUUUCCUGUCUAUCCUUGCUUUUUUCAUCUGGUUGAUGUUGAUAAGUGUUUUAGAAAGUAAUUAGUAAAAAGUAAUGUAAUUACUUUUCAGACAGAGAAAUUAGUUCAGUAAUUGAAUUACACUGUCAUAUGUAAUUAGUAGUUAAUUAUUUUUUAGAGUAACCCAACACUGUUGGCCACUAACCAAAGAGUAAACCAAAAAUAAUGUAGUGUUUGCAUGGUUUGCUGCACGGUGGACUAGAGAGAGACCAAAACCAAGCCCUGGAACAAAUGAAUCCAUUUUAGAAGUGUGAAUACACCCCCCCCACACCACACACACACACACACACACACCACAGCAUAACAGCUGUCGGAUGUAAUCUGCAACAAUUAGGAAGUGUUUGCUGUCAUUUAUUACUAUAUAUUUUGGCAUUAGACAAUAAUGCAUUAGGUAACUGAUAUGUUGAGCUAAUUUUUCAAAGUGAAUGGAGCUGUUGGCAUACUUUUUGAUGAACAGACUUAGGAUGUUUUUGUGGUUGCUAUAGCGAGAAUGGUAUAAAUGUAUAGAAAGGUUAGAGGUUUUGUUGAGGAAUUGUUUAGAAUCAGAUUGAGACCUGUGCCUUGCCAUGAAAAACAAAGGCUCAACUACCCUAUACAUUAUCUUAAUUUGCAACAAUGCAAGGUUAUGGGAAUGAGAUGGGUUCCUUCUGAAAAAAGGGGGAUGGAGGGGUGUUUGUAAAGUUGUGGAUGUAUCACAGCCUGAUCUGUAUAAACUUUAAACUAGUGUGGAUAUGCAAAAGAUAUACGCCUAUUAAUUAAUCAAGAAAUGUCAAUGCAGUGAGGGUUUUUUUUCUUUCUGUAGUUGCAUUUUAUUGUAUCCAGACUUGAUUGUCUUUAUCAUUCUAGAUUAAAAAUAAUUCAUGGGGGGGGGGGGG